AGUACUGUUUGCAUUCAGUCAGUCAGUAGUUUAAUACAGCCGGAGUGUGGGAACAGAUUUGGGUACAGACGGAUCUAUUGAAGACACAGCUGGUUUGAAAGCAGAGGAGCGUGAAGGAUGAAGAGCUCAAGAUACUGGCUGGCAUCGCCUGCCCUGCUGCUGCUUCUCUGUGUGGCUGGAGUUAACAUGGAGCAUCUCCAAGCUGAGAACCUGAACCUCAUUCCCCCAGAUCAACAUAACUUGGUCCUAAACACUGGAAUGAAAGGGCUGCCCAGAGACUGCUAUGAAAUGCUAAUGACUUCUUCAGGGAAGGCCAGAGAUGGCGUGUACCUGAUAAAACCAGGGAACUCUCCCAUCGUGGCGUACUGUGCCAUGCAGGAGGGGGGCUGGACUGUGGUGCAGCACAUCACUGUCAACAGCAGCGUGAAUUUCGAUCAAACCUGGGCUGAGUACAAGCACGGUUUUGGGGUUUUGACUGGUGAUCAUUGGCUUGGGAAUGAAUAUCUCCAUCAGCUCACCCGUGGUCCUGGCCGUUACAAACUGGGAGUAAAACUAGUCGACCGAGAUGCUAUCACCAAGCUAGGGGAGUAUGACCCUGUCUUGGUGGAGGAUGAGUCAUCGGCGUACAGGCUGAGGCUAGGUUUGUUCCAGGGCACAGCUGUAGAUGCUCUGACUCUGGAUACUGAGAACUACCUGCAUGACAACCAGAAAUUCACCACUAAAGACAGAGACAAUGACAACUACUUCCAAAAUUGCGCAAAGCUGGAGUUUCAGGGGGUCCCAGGAGGAGGUUGGUGGUAUGACGCCUGUGCUGGCGCCAACCUCAAUCGCAGGAAUGUCAUCUACUGGCAAAAGGACUGCAACAAGGAGCGACUGUGCAAGUAUGCAUGGCUAAUGGUGAGACCCUCAGACACAGUAAAACUGGUUUACAGUGGAGACUGCAAGAAGGAUGAGCUGUAAGGAAGGCAUACUCACAUACUCAGGAUUUUUUUAUGCUGCAUGGUGCUGGGUGGAGGCUAUCCAGAAUGAAAGUGUAGUUAUUUCUUAAGGUUUUCUUUGCACAUGGACAUUCAUUCACAACAUUUUAUUCAGAAAUGCAUGGACAUGAUCACAGAAUACUGAAAAAAUAAAACAACAAAAAAUGAAUCACAAGCUCUGAAGACAGUAUAAAAACGCAGAAUGGUCUCAGCUCAAGCUUUGUUUUCAUCUUGACAGUAUUUUCAGCAAAGCAUUUUCUUCAUUCCCCAAAUAACAAGUGCAGAUUCCUUGUUUAUCACAGUUACACAAAUGUGCUUCAUGACAUUUUAGCUUAUGACACAUGUGAAACACAUUUUGUAUUUCAUCUCCAAUCCAAUGCUUACAGAACAUUUCACAAACAGCUUUUUUUUGCCACAGUACACAACAAGUUGUUCAGAAAUACAAUGAAAAUAUGAUCAUUGAGCCACAGAAAUUCAGAGAAACAAAUACUGUAUUUUUAAUGUGCACAGAAAACGAAAAUAUCCUGAGGAUAAAGAAUAAUAUACGCAGAUUGUAAUCAAAAAUGUGUGCAACUUCCAAUGUAAACAAUGAUAUUGUUUUGCAAGUUUGCAUGUUGUAACUGUAAAAAAGACCAUCAAGUCUUUAGGUUUGUACUGUAGAGUUUGCACAGUAACCCUGCAGCGUUUAGUUUGGGGUUACUCAUCAGUUUUUCUGUAAAAUAAUUUAUGGGAUUAUUUCUUUUUUUUAGAGAUUUUGCAGGACAGAUUGUAUAAAAUGAAGAACAUGUAAUGUGAAAGACAAUGAAGCUGGAUCUAUUUUAACUCCUCUGACAGAUGACUUUGGCACACGUGAAAAGGCUUUAAUUAUCAUCAAGUUACAAUCUUGACCAAGCAAGAAGAUUCAGACAUCAGGACGAUACUUAUUAGCCCUUCAAAAUAAAAUAGCAAUUCCAAAAAGUGCAUUCUCAAUACUAACACAAUAUCUACAAUGUAAAACAGACCUGCACGUUUUAUGACAUUUUGAAUGUAAGAGCAUCAACUUGAAUAACAUCUGUAUUUUUUUUUAUAUAUUUUAAAACCAAUAUAGACUGGAGCAAUUUUUUCAUGAUCUUUGGAUAUUAAAGUGUGCAGCUUGAAUAAACAGUA